GAAGUAACUGUAGGAAAAAUACAGAAGUAACAUCAUCAUGAACUGGGUAAAAUACUAACAAUUUUAAUAAUGGGUGCAAGCAGUUAGAGGGAAAUGGCAGUUUUUAAACGUGUAAUACAGUCAAAACUGAAUUGCUUUUUGUGAGACAGAAAACAAAUGGCUAUAUUGAAAAGAUGUAUCCCAUGAAUGUUGAUUUGGUGGUCCAGGGUAAAACCAGAAGGGUUUCCUCAGAGAACCAGACAUAUAAAGGCUUUAUGUUGUUGGUCAAUGUAAUGAUGUGCUGCUGCUUUCUGCCUGUGAUACCUACAAGAUUCCCAUUAAUACAGUCCCCAAGAGCCUCAUAAGCUGAUACAAUAAUCUUUACAAUAUCUGUGUGUUAAAAGUAAAGCGAUUAUAUUAAAAUAAUAAAUAACCUUUUUGAAUUUAGAAGUGCUGUGAUUAAAUGACAAAUUAUUACCCCUUUGCGCUCACAAAUAUGUAAUUCAUUACAGUAAUUUGAAUUAGGCAUUUAAAAAACAUUAUUUGAUGAUGUUUAAAAAAUGCAUUUGAUACAAAUUAUGACCAUGAAAGAAAUUCAUCUGUAGUUAAUUUUUCCUUCAUUAUGUUCUGCUAUACUAAAAAGCUCAUCUAGCAUGCGUUGAAUUAUCUAAUACUUUAAGUAAGGAUGUAUGCCUACAGGAGUAUUAAAAGGUAAUGUCAGAGUAAAUAAACUGACUUCUGCCCCAUUUUAGGGGGAAAAUAGCUACAAAGUAUCAAUAGAGAAUAAGAUCUAAUAUAAACUCUGAACUGUGCAGAUUUUUUUGCAUUCUGACAUAAAUCAGUCCGUUCAGCUUACUCCAGGCUUCGUACCACUGCUUAAAAGAUUUGCCCACAACCGUGAGGCAUCGUCAGGUGCAAAGACUCAGGCCAGAGUCUUGCGGUGCUCGUGCAGCAGUCCUAACCGGUAGGCAGUCACCAUGUAAUAAGGGUUGUAUACUUAGACAGUUUGUUUGAUGGGAUAGAAAGGAUGUCUUUUUUUUUGUUCUUGUAUUUGUUUGUUCCCAGCAGAGCAGCAGGAUUGGAAAAUUACUUGUAAUGGCAUCUGCCUGAUUCAGAAGUCCAGAGAUUUGCUAUGCGAAUGUGAGACACCUCUUCUAAUUCUGCAAAGGAAUCACUUGGCGUAGAGUUCAGCUGCAUUUUGCGUGGUAGUUGCCAUUUCCCAUGCCAGCUGGACUGUGUGGUGCUCUGUGGUGAACAAACCAGCAAAACAACGCAGUGCAACACGUUCAGCUAGCAGCACUGCACUGUAGAAACUGGGUUCCUUAACACAUUUUAUAUACUAUACUAAGACGUCAACCCGAAAAAGAGGGUACCCUUAGAAAAACCAAUCCGUGGGGAUUCUGAGCGCCCCACCGGAAAACCUGGGCGGGCGCGCCACGCCGGGGACGCAGCAGCCCGCGUACGAGGAGCCCGGCCCGCCGGCUCUCCCGAGCAGUCAGAAGCUGAGGGGCACGAGCGGCGGCGACAGGCCGCUGCGGCCUCGGCUCGGGGGGCGUUGCCCGGUCGCAGCGUGCCUUUCGCUGCGUCAUCAUCCGCCCGCCUCCCUUCGGCCUAUCGGGCGUGGGUGUUGGCGGGUCACCCAAUCAGCGUGCUUGCUGCCGAGCCCCGCCCAUUGAGGUCAGGGGGCAGCUUCGGGCGCUGCCAGUCCUCGCGGCGGGGCGCAGGGCAGGCCCGGCGCCGGCUCCGGCUCCCGCCGCAGCCAUGAUCCACAGCCUGUUCCUGAUCAACGCCUCGGGGGAUAUCUUCCUAGAGAAGCACUGGAAGAGCGUCGUCAGCCGCUCCGUCUGCGACUACUUCUUCGAGGCGCAGGAGAGGGCCUCGGAGGCGGAGAACGUGCCGCCGGUGAUCCCCACGCCGCACCACUACCUCCUCAGCGUCUACCGCCACAAGAUCUUUUUCGUGGCCGUCAUCCAGAGCGAGGUGCCGCCUCUCUUCGUCAUCGAGUUCCUGCACCGCGUCGUCGAUACGUUCCAGGAUUAUUUUGGUGUCUGUUCAGAGGUGAUGAUCAAGGACAAUGUUGUGGUGGUUUAUGAGGUGCUGGAGGAGAUGCUGGACAAUGGCUUUCCAUUGGCAACAGAAUCUAAUAUUCUUAAGGAACUGAUAAAACCUCCCACUAUCCUGCGAACAGUUGUCAACACCAUCACAGGAAGCACUAAUGUGGGUGAUCAACUUCCUACUGGACAGCUAUCAGUGGUGCCUUGGAGACGUACUGGUGUAAAAUAUACCAACAAUGAGGCAUAUUUUGAUGUGAUUGAGGAGAUAGAUGCAAUCAUUGAUAAAUCAGGUUCCACGAUUACUGCUGAAAUCCAAGGAGUGAUUGAUGCUUGUGUGAAGCUGACUGGGAUGCCAGACCUUACCCUCUCCUUCAUGAACCCUCGGUUGUUGGAUGAUGUCAGCUUUCAUCCAUGUGUGCGUUUUAAGCGGUGGGAAUCGGAGAGAAUACUCUCCUUCAUUCCACCUGAUGGAAAUUUUCGCUUGCUCUCCUACCAUGUCAGUGCUCAGAAUCUUGUGGCAAUUCCUGUCUACAUUAAACACAAUAUCAGUUUCCGUGAUAGCAGCUCACUGGGACGUUUUGAGAUCACAGUGGGGCCGAAGCAGACUAUGGGGAAGACUGUGGAAGGAGUGAUGGUCUCUAGCCAGAUGCCAAAGGGUGUCUUAAAUAUGACCCUCACACCCUCUCAAGGAACACAUGUCUUCGAUCCAGUUACAAAGUUGCUGUCAUGGGAUGUGGGGAAAAUAAACCCCCAGAAGCUGCCAAGUCUGAAGGGGAGCGUGAGCCUGCAAGCUGGGACAUCAAAACCAGAUGAAAACCCCACCAUUAAUCUGCAGUUUAAAAUUCAGCAGCUGGCUAUAUCUGGACUGAAGGUGAAUCGCUUGGACAUGUAUGGGGAGAAGUACAAGCCCUUCAAGGGGAUAAAAUACAUGACUAAGGCUGGCAAGUUCCAAGUCCGAACCUAGAGGAUCCUGAUAAUGAGGAAGAGCACUUUUCUGUUUCUCCUGUCCCUGGCUGUUGGAUGCAGCCUCUUACUCCAUCCAUCUGUUUAGGGUUGCUCCCUUGCCUGUAGUAGCAUGAGCAGGAUAGCCAGUCCUUAAGGUCCUGGGGAGCACGGAAAAGUAAGGUUGACCUGAAACCAUCUCAUCCCUAGCUGAGUCUGAAGUAUUAAGAACAGUGGCAGAUGGGAGAGGUGUUCAGGUCCCUUGGGAUUAGUGAGUCAGUUGUGCAAGCUUGUAUCACCUUCAUGUUGCUGUGUUAAAGGAAAUCCUAGGCAUUUGCUGCCUUUUGUAACUUCCCUCCCUUAUAUUUUGGUUGGCUUUCAUCCUUUUGUGGAAAUUCAACUUUGCAUCAUCUACAAACUUCAACUCCAGUGUGAUGGUCUGGCACCUGCCCUUCUCCAUCACUGGGCAUUAGGGUGGAGAGCUGUAUACUUCUUGUCAGCAGAGGGGUCAUCUAGCUGUUCUGUCCGCCUCAAAGGGACUGGAAGUGGAAAGUUAGAUUGUUCCACCCAGGAUGGGAAGUUAAGAAGCCUGAGAUUGGGGAUGGUGCCACAGGGGAGGAAGGGAAGAAGUGGAUGAUAUUUCUAGAUUUUUCUUGAGCUUGGUCAUUAAGUAUCCUGGAUCUUUGGAGAUAGACGGGAAACCCAUCCAAAUCUAUGAAGGGCUGACUGUAGCACAUGCGAUCUUGUGCACAUGUGAUCUUGCAAUUGGUGGUGGCGACACCUGAAUGUAAUUCUGCGUUGCUUCUUAUUUUGUCAGUAUUUGGAGGUAGGGAUUCUUCUAGCUUCUUUGAGGAGUCAGGGAAGAGACAGAGAGGCAGGAGAAUUUUUGUGGAAACAUAGCACUUUGGAAACUGAAGCUGUGACUAGAUGAAGGCCAUCACUACCAUAGUAACUUGUUGGAACCUCUUUUUGUCUCUGCCUGCAUAUUACAAAUGAAGGUGAUAAUGCUGUUCUCCAGCUCACUGAUGUCUUUCUUUGAGAUAAUUGUGUCCUGGUACCUUUGUAGUGUUUCUGGCUGCCCUACCUCAUUCCAGUUCCUGUACCAAUCAGCUGCUGUGCAGGUGGAUUCACACCUACGCUGGAUUUUUCACUGGGACUCCUCUGUUCUGCAGGAGCUGUUGCUGCAUCUGCCCAUUCCAGUCUGCGCUGCAUCUCUCUGUACAGCAUAAAUAUGAAAUGAGAGGCAACUGCUCCGUAUUGUCUGUAAUGUGCUCUUUGGCCACUAGAUGCCAAUGUGUUUUCUCUGUGGUAGCAGAACUUGUCCCUAGGCUGCUGUACAUACGGCUAUGGCAUCUAUCAGGUAGCCGUGGAGUCCAGCAUGUAUAGUUUGUGCUUGUGAACAGAACAAGGUGACCCUAAAUGAAGGAUAACACAUAUUCUGGUUUGCAUGUGAUGGAUUUGCAGUGGAUGAUGGCAUCUUGCUUGUGGAAUUGCAAGUUCCAGUGCAACUGAUAAAUGCUAUAGCAGGUGGCCUUACUGCUGAGCAUGUUCAGUGCAAAUAUAACCUUCAGCAAGGACAUCAAUAAAAUUCAGUUUUACAUGUCA